UUUUCGGAGCAUAUCUGGCAAAGGUCAGUAGAAGCACAUUGUGCGCGUAAAUCUCACGGACUACACGUAUUUUAAAACCACCGACUUAGACGAUCCGAAAGAUGGUAAUAAGCAAUAUUGCUAAAGCGUUGUGUCGCGUUUCACAACAAGGCAUAGUAUUGACUUGCAGACGUGUACACAAUGGAAACGGCCGUUAUUACACUAUAAAGCACGAGUGGGUGAGGGUCGAAGCCGGUAUCGGUACUAUUGGAAUCUCAAACUUUGCGCAGGAAUCACUUGGCGAGGUAGUAUUUGCGCAACUUCCAGAUGUAGGAAAAAACAUAAGUAGUGGAGAUGAGUGUGGUGCCUUAGAGAGUGUUAAAGCAGCUGGGGAGGUGUACUCGCCUGUUUCUGGUAUCGUAACUGAAAAAAAUAGCGCUGUUGAAUCAAGUCCAGCUCUAAUCAACAAAUCAUGCUACGAAGAAGGUUGGCUGUUCAGACUGAAGCUAAGCAAACCCGAAGAAGUGAAACAGUUAAUGGACCAAACAUCUUACGACACGUACCUCAAAGAUCUUCAAUGAACAAAUAUGCCACAAUGUUAUAAAUAUAUAAUAAUAUUAAAACUUAAAGCCCUAGGUAGGACACGGUGUAAAUGUUAGUAUAUUGUAGUAUAAUUAUUUUGAAAUUUACGUACUAACACAUAACGUGUCAAUAUAAUGCUACUACAUAUAAUAUAGAUUACAAAAUGCCCUAAGAUUUCCUAAUACCUUUUAUACGUUUAUGGAGGUUUAUAAAUUUACUUACUAAAUUUCCUCAUUUAUGAAACGACUUUUAUCGACAUACACUAUGGGACGCAUUAAGUGGGCCAUGAGAUGGUCAAUGGUUUUCAACCUUAAAGUCAUUGAUUCAUAACUCCAGUUAUACAACUUGUUAAUCGUCACGUCUUUCUAUAUUUGUAAUUUACAAUUGGUAAACAUGAAAGAAUUGCUACUCAGAUCGGCGUAUUGACAGAUUUUCAGACACAAACAUUGCAAAAUUUUAGCCAAAUUAAAUAUAAAUUUACUUAAUGUGCCCAGGCAAUUUUAUAGCAGCAAAUAAACAUUUUUAAAAUAAAAAAAAUAUAUUUUUUGUUAAAAUUUUAAAAUUGUUAUAUGACCCUGUUGACACUAAAUAUUUUUUCAAUUGUUGUUUGAAACUUAUGUUGUUGUUAAUUAUUACGUUACUCACUAUCAUAUUAAU